AUGCUUACGCUCUCGAAGAUCGGCUGGUGGGGUGCGUUUGGUGGCCCAGCUCAAAAGGGCAUCAAGACGUACUCGGUCUCUCCAUUCCAGCAGAACCCAUUCGCCGGCGUGCUUAAGGGAUAUAUGUUCAAUGGCUUCCGCCGCGCCGUGAAGCAUAUGCCUUACUCAGGUAUUCCGUUCUUGGUCGGUUACUUUAUUUACUCCUGGGGCAAUAAAGAAUACAACUACGUGAACUCGAAGGAAGGUCAUCUUGCUCAUGCAGGAGAACACUAA